CUCAAAAUUCGAGUAUUCCUAUUACUUAAAGUUAUAUGGUAGAAUACAGUUUGAAAAAAAAAAAAAAAACAGUAGAAAACACUCUUAAACCCUAUUUCUCUUUCUCCUUCACGCAUCUCCGAAUACUUUCCCUACCCACCAUCCUUCUCCUGCAAAACCCUCAAUCGCAUGAAAUCAGGAAUUGUGGAAAUUGGAAAUUUCUUUCACUGUGCAUUUUGCGGGUGGCUGUGAACAAUAGACAUAAACUACACAGAGAGUAAAACCCAAGAGAUAGAUGGACAAGGUGAAGAUAGAAGAGGUGCAAUCCACAGCAAAAAAACAGAGAGUCGCCACUCACACUCAUAUCAGAGGCCUUGGAGUAGAGCCCAGUGGAAAAGCAAUACCGUUGGCUUCUGGCUUUGUGGGUCAAAUGGAGGCAAGAGAAGCAGCUGGUCUUGUAGUUGAUAUGAUAAGGCAGAAGAAGAUGGCUGGCCGUGCUCUCUUACUGGCUGGUCCUCCUGGUACUGGAAAGACAGCUUUGGCCCUUGGAAUAUCCCAUGAACUUGGCAGUAAGGUUCCAUUUUGUCCAAUGGUGGGAUCAGAAGUGUACUCAUCAGAAGUGAAGAAAACUGAAGUCUUAAUGGAAAAUUUUCGAAGGGCAAUUGGUCUACGUAUCAAGGAAAAUAAAGAGGUCUAUGAGGGAGAGGUGACUGAACUUUCGCCAGAAGAGACUGAAAGUGUCACAGGUGGCUAUGGUAAAAGCAUUAGCCAUGUAAUUAUUGGGCUCAAAACUGUCAAAGGAACAAAACAACUAAAGUUGGACCCAACCAUCUAUGAUGCCUUAAUCAAGGAGAAGGUAGCUGUUGGAGAUGUUAUAUACAUUGAAGCAAAUAGUGGAGCAGUUAAAAGGGUGGGUAGAAGUGAUGCUUUUGCUACUGAAUUUGACCUUGAAGCAGAAGAAUAUGUCCCACUUCCUAAGGGAGAGGUUCACAAAAAGAAGGAAAUAGUUCAGGAUGUAACCUUACAUGAUCUAGAUGCUGCAAAUGCAAGACCUCAAGGUGGGCAAGAUAUUUUGUCUUUAAUGGGUCAAAUGAUGAAGCCCAGAAAAACAGAAAUUACUGACAAGCUGCGACAGGAAAUCAAUAAGGUUGUUAAUCGAUAUAUUGAUGAAGGUGUUGCGGAGCUUGUCCCUGGUGUUCUAUUCAUUGAUGAGGUACAUAUGCUGGAUAUGGAGUGCUUUUCAUACUUGAAUCGCGCUUUGGAAAGUUCAUUGUCUCCAAUAGUAAUAUUUGCUACAAAUAGAGGAAUAUGUAAUGUCAGUGUUGCUGAUUGUAGAGGUACAGACAUGAAUAGCCCUCAUGGCAUUCCUGUUGACUUGUUGGACCGAUUGGUGAUCAUCCGAACACAGAUUUAUGGUCCAGCUGAAAUGAUACAGAUUUUAGCAAUUCGUGCACAAGUAGAGGAGCUGAUUGUAGAUGAGGAAAGUUUGGCAUUUCUUGGAGAGAUUGGUCAACGCUCAUCAUUAAGGCAUGCAGUUCAGCUGUUAUCACCUGCCAGCAUUGUCGCAAAAAUGAAUGGGCGAGACAACAUUUGCAAGGCGGAUCUUGAGGAAGUAAGUGCAUUAUAUCUUGAUGCCAAGUCUUCAGCGAAGGUACUUCAAGAGCAGCAGGAGAAGUACAUUUCAUGAAUGACAGUACCGUAUUAAUAGGAAGUGGCAAUUUUUGAUUGAUCAAACCUGCCUGCCUUUAAUUCACACCUUGGUAGGGUUUUGCUUUAGGUUGUGGGUUUACUACCAAAUCCAAUCUACGGUGUGGAUAAAAUGUAACAUUUUGCUAAUUUGAAAAACCAAUGUUCCUUUAAGGAUGCAUUCCAAUGAUAUUUGGUUCCCAAAUGAUUCAAAAACCUCAUGCAUACUGAUUUUCUUUUCA